CUCUUUUCUCUCUAUCUCAGCACUUCAAAAUCUUCUCAAUGGUAUCAAAGAUCAAAAGAAUUCCGACAAAAUCCAUCAAACCUCGUAGGAGGCAAAAAUCUCCGAUCAAACAUGCCGUGGCUAUCUCCUCCGCUGUCCUCUCCUCCAUCCACCGCCGCAUCACCAAACUCUUCUCCAAGUUGGCGCAAAUCGCCACUCCUAAUCGUCGGCGGAAAGGCUAUCACAUCCUGAAAAAGAAACCCCAUUGGAAAGAAGAACAAGUCUAUGAGCAAUCCUUCAACUCCGCAGGCAUAAAUCUCUUUCCUGAUCUCUCCUUGUUACCUCCGUUGAUUUACCCUCAUAGAAAAACCGUCUUUCUCGACCUGGACGAAACUCUAGUCCAUUCCAGGGUCGACCCGCCACCAGAACGAUUUGACUUUGUCGUGCGGCCACGAAUCGACGGUGAGAUUACGAAUUUCUAUGUUUUGAAGCGGCCAGGAGUGGAUGACUUGUUAGAAUCGCUGGCGGCAAAGUAUGAAGUGGUGGUUUUCACAGCGGCGUUGGAAGUUUAUGCGUCGAUGGUUCUAGAUCGGGUCGACUCGGAACGACGGAUUUCUCACCGGCUGUACCGUGAUUCGUGCAGGGAAGUAUAUGGGAAGCUCGUGAAGGACUUAUCUGCUAUGGGCAGGGAUCUGAAACGUGUCGUUAUUGUUGAUGAUAACCCAAAUUCAUAUGCAUUGCAACCUGAUAACGCGAUUCAAAUUCAGCCGUUUAUCGAUGAUCUUGGUGAUCAAGAGCUCUGGAAGUUGAUCAAGUUCUUUGAGGUCUCUGAAGGUUUUGAUGACAUGAGGGAUGCUGUGAAGAAGUACAUAAGCUGUUGAGAAUUAACAUAGUGAUGCUGACAUACACUAACUGUUUUACUGUUACCAAUGCAUUAUUACUGACAUAUAUAUAUAUAUAUAUAUAUAUCAAUGAAUGUAUUUGUUGAUAAAUAAGCAAACAAAGCAGUUGCUUGAUUUUAAACCGGAAAGAAAAAAGGAGAAAUUAUUAGAGUCCUCUAAACUUUCAGUUUUGCACAUUCACAAACACAGUCCUAUUUGCUUUGCUAACUGAGUCGCUCUUCUUUUAUUCCUCGGAUAGAUGCUCCAGGGAAUCAUAAUUUUAUUCAAUUUUCUCAAGGGCGGAUUUUUGAAUAGAUUAUUAAUUUAUAAAUAAAAGUAUGUGUUUGCUAUGUCAGAAUUUGUUUUCUUAUAGCAUUGUCACAAAGGUCAUGAAAG